GAGGGAGGGGAGAGGGAGAGAGAGAGAAAGAAAGAGGGAGAGAGAGAGAGGUUGACUGACUUCAGGGGAAAUACUCAAAGUUAAAGAAAGAGGAAAAUCCGUAAAAAUGACACGCGAGAAUGAUAAAACGUCAUCCUAGAACCUACGUGCUUAUCGCACUGACGCCCCUAAACAUGGCCGAGUAGAGCCUUCACGGUUCAUCCUAGAAGUGGAUCCGCUACGGUAACGGGAUCAUGCCAGGGAACGGGUGAACGGGGGAACACUACCGCAGUCGUCUGGGCUCGAGCGCGCUGCCGAGCGGCACGUCCCUCAAGCGCGGCGCGGGCGUGGAGAGCGAUACUCGGGAACCGGCGGCUCGAGCACUGUACCGCUAUUCGCACGAAGGUUUUCGCUGGAAUGUCAUCGGCGCGUCCGCGCUCGUGGGCUCUAAUGCAUCCCCGCGUGGAUCCCACGAUGGGAGACGCCAAGCAGUGCGCGAGGACAUUCGUCGUCCCGGACAUCAAACCGUUUGAUCAUUAUGAUUUCACGAGGGCUAAAAUCUCGAGCAGUUUAACGUGGCUCGUGGCCAAAGCCUUUGGGCCAGACAGUGUCCCCGUGGAGCUGGAGGACCCAUUCUAUAAGGACCAGUACGAGCAGGAGCACCUGAAACCUCCUGUGGUGUCCCUCCUGCUGUCGGCGGAGCUCUACUGCAGGGCUGGGAGUCUCAUCCUCCGCAGUGAUGCCGCCAAACCCCUCCUGGGCCACAACGCCAUCAUCCAAGCCCUCGCUCAGAAGGGCCUGUACAUCACCGACCAGGAGAGACUUGUCACCGAGAGGGACCUCUGCCAAACGCCCAUCCUGAUGAGUGCACACCUGGCGAUGAUGGACACCCUGAUGAUGGCGUACACCGUGGAGAUGAUGAGCGUGGAGAGAGUGCUCACCUGUGUGCAGAAGUUCUCCCCUCUCUCCCCCGAGGAAGACUUCCCUUAUGAUGCAGAGGAGGCCGUGACCACCUGGACUAACAAGGUAAUUGAAUUCUUAAGGGAGAUCUUGGCUCAAGAACAAACAAGAAAUGCAGUUGAGGGCAAAUGUGCAAUUCAGAAGACGUGGUCCAGGAGGGAGGACGCUAAAGCACAGCUGGCCCUCUGUCUCCCCCUGGUGGACAACCUGCUGAAGGACAACACAGAUGGCUGUGCCCUGGCUGCGCUGCUGCAUUUCUACUGUCCUAGUGCAGUGCCACUGGAAGAUAUCUGCGUGAAGGAGACGAUGUCAUUGGCCGACAGCCUGUAUAACCUGCAGCUGAUUCAGGACUUCUGCAGGGAGAACCUGAACAACUGCUGCCACUUCACACUGGAGGACAUGGUGUAUGGUUGUAGCUCCAUCAGGAGUAACUACCUUGUGUUUAUGGCAGAGCUGUUCUGGUGGUUUGAAGUCGUCAAACCCUCUUUUGUUCAACCUCGAAUGCUUGAAACCAAAGUGUCUGAUCCGGUCCAGGCAGCACCCAUGGCUCCCGUAAGCAAGCCAAGUCUGAUCUCCAGCACCAACAGCCCUGUUGAUGACCUCAGCGUCAGGACACCAACUGUCGCCAGCUCAGGUGGGAUAAAGAGCUCCACCUCCCUGCUGUAUGUGGAUACCUGCACUAGGACGUGGCCUCAGGAGAGACGGAGUGCCUCUUCUGGGAUCUCGUUUGAGAUUCCGUUGGACGACCCUGUGUCUGGCUCAGUGGAUCACGGUUUGAGUCGUUCUGCGAGCUCGGAUGGCCUCGGGUUCAAAGUUCACCACGCAGCACGGGGCAUACGCAAGAACCUCUCCUUCCAGCCUGUUAACGGGCGCGCACACACGCCGCUGCGGGAGGAAGAGGAUGACGAAGGAGCGCAGCGCCGUCGUUUUGGAGAUGAGCCUAAUGACUCCAGGUGCACUAACGGUGUCCUUCUGAAGCCCACCAUGGAGGAGGCUUUGAAGAUCAUCCACGAUUCCGAGCGCACCCACGGCAGUCUGCGGCCCCCUGGCGAAGACAACGCCUUCUUCCUCCACAGCCCCGCCCCGAACCCGGACCCCGAGGACAGCCUGCCCAAAGCUCACGUUGACGAUGGAGAGCCGAACUCCGCGUCCACGGACAUGGACACAGGAAUUCACGUCUGCACGGAGGACAUUCAGGACGGGCAGGACGAGGACUCCUCCCUGAAGGACUAUUCUGACAUGGACCAGGAUUACGAGGCGCGGUCCUGCCCGCUACCCGACGCUGGCGGUGCUUUCAGUCCCGUUCCGAGCCUGCUGGGGGUACGCUCAUUGGCCACGAGCUCCACCUCCUCCAUAGGCUCCGCCUCUCGCGUGCGCAUGACCAGCUUUGCCGAGCAGAAGUUCCGCAAGAUGGGGCACGGGGACGGGUGGAGUGGUGGCAACACAUCUGAGAGCGAAGCGUGCGCCACGCCGGCCGCCGACACGCCCGACGAGCGAAGUCCCCGGGGUGUCAUGAAGCCCCGCGACCCGUCCAGCCUGCUAGUGUCCGAGAUGGUGCACCUGAAGAUGAAGCUGGAGGAGAAGCGCAGGGCCAUUGAGGCCCAGAAGAAGAAUGUGGAGGCUGCGUUCACACAUCACCGGCAGCGGAUGGGCCGCACGGCCUUCCUCAACCUCGUCCGCCGCAGAGGAGGUGCCUCACCGCUAAGGGGAGUUAGCGGUGCAAAGCAAAACAGCGCACUUCCUAAAACCGAGGGGGGCGGCUCCAGGUCGGAGAGGUGCAAGCCAGACGGAGCGGCAUUGAAAUCCGGCCCGGAGGAGGGCGGGGCCAGCGAGGGGGCGGACCUUGCCGAGUACACGCGCUCAAUCGAGCGGCUGAACGCCUCGCUCAGCUUCCUGCAGACGGAGAUGCAGCGUCUGGCGCAGCAGCAGGAGUGCAUCAUGCGCCUGCGUGAGCAGCAGAGCUGGGUGAUCUCACCGCCGCACGUGCAGGCGCAGCCUUCGCCACAGAGGCUCCUGCGUGAGCUGCGCAGCAGCAGCGUCGUGGGACGCGGCUCCGUCGGGUCCCUGUCCCCGAACCUGUCAUCCACGGGGUCGCCCCGGGCCACCCAACGCUCGCCUGCUCCCAUCAAGAGGAAGUCGGCCUCCUUCCACGCCCGGACCCCCCGCGCGGCACGGCCCAGCGAGCCCAAGGUCACCCCGUUCAGUCGAAUGCUGAACACACCGCAGUCGGUGGACAGUCUGCCCAGGCUGCGCCGCUUCUCCCCCAGACAAACACAAACCAUGUCGUUCGCGUAUCUGGGACACGACGAGGGACCUGCGAACGAGGACCGUGCCAGUAAAGAAAGGACGCGUCCGGCGGAAGCAGAAGACGAGCAGCCUGACGGAGACGAGAGUGCUGCUGGCACUAAACCCAGGCAGGAGGAGAAGGAUGGUGGACAGGUGGUAGACGCGAGGCAAGGAGAUGACAGCAGACCCGUUACCACCGCGGCGCGCCAGCCCCAGAGGACAGAGAGCCCGACGGUGCUGCCGACUGAAGUCCUAGCGGACGCUCCGGGCAGGAAGGACCUGAUCGAAGUGCCGUUAUCCGUGCUGAAGCUUCCGGACCGUCGUGGUCAGGAGAGUGGGAAAGAGUCGGAGAGCAUUGAGAAACCUCUGGAGCUGGACCAGAGGAUGUGCUGUGGGUUCUUCUACAGGGACGAUCAGAAAGGUGAGGAGGACAUCGCCCAGAAGAGGGCAGCACUGCUGGAGAAGAGGCUCCGCAGAGAGAAAGAAACACAGAUGAAGAAGCGGCAACAGGAGCAGGAUAUGGAGCAGAAAAAGGAAGUGGCCAGACUGAAAGCAGAGGAGGACCGUCAGAAGAAAGAAGAGGAGAAGGCAAGGAGGGAGUUUAUCAAAAACGAGUAUCUGAGGAAGAAGCAGCUCAAGCUGAUGGAGGACAUGGACAGCGUCAUUAGGUCCCGCCCACCCAGCGCCAAACAGAAGAAGCCCCGCCCCAAGUCUAUGCACAGAGACAACAUGGAGUCUUCCAAAGCUCCUGCACAGACAAACACAGGGUCACGACCUCGUGGCUUCUCUGUCUCCAGCCUAUCACUGGCCUCACUUAACUUGGUUGACAAUGAGAGUGUCCAAUCAGACAAGAGGAAUUCCAGACGCAGUAAACUCUCUCCAGGCUCUCUGUGUUUCUUUUUGAGCUCCAAAGGGAGGAAGGCCAGGCCAGAGUCUGCGGAAGGCCAGUUGUCACCAUGUCUGUCAACGAAUCGAAAUGGGGAGAACUGGGAGGAUGAGUCCACAGCGUCAUCAGCUGAAUACACAGGACCAAAACUUUACAAGGAGCCCAGUGCCAAGUCCAACAAGUACAUCAUCCAGAAUGCACUGGCCCACUGCUGUCUGGCGGGAAAGGUCAACGAGGGUCAGAAGAACAAGAUCCUGGAGGAAAUGGAGAAGACGGAGUCCAACAACUUCCUGAUCCUGUUCAGAGACUCGGGCUGUCAGUUCCGUGCGCUCUACACGUAUUUCCCAGAGACAGAGGAGAUCUGUAAGCUAACAGGCAUCGGCCCCAAGACCAUCACGCUCAAGAUGAUAGAGAAACUUUACAAAUACAGCUCAGACAAAAAGCAGUUCAGUCACAUCCCUGCCAAGACUAUGUCAGCCAGCGUGGAUGCCAUCACCAUCUACGGGCACCUGUGGCAGACCAGGAAACAGAACACGCCCAAAAAACCGCCGAAGUGAAGCGGGUGUAGAGAGCGUGGCCACGGCCCCAUCACGCCUCACUAGAGACCCAUGUGCCACUUAAAGAAUUCUCAUCACUGUUUACACCCUUUGAGUGACAGGAAGUUAAGAGUUAUGGAAGAAGUCCGAGUUUACAUGGCUGAAGUGUGAAGAUUUGACUGUUACUGGACCGGUUUGGAGAGUGUGCCAUGCAGGACAUGAAGAUUAGCCGUUACCACACACACUGUAGUCUGUCUACACAUGGCGUGUGUGUGUGUGUGUGUGUGUGUGUGUGUGUGUGUGUGUGUGUGCGUGCCAAAUCUAAACAUCGUAGCAUCUGUUCCUGAGACAGAAAAACAAUGAGGCAAUGUCUCACCUUGUUUGGUUUAAAACACAGUAUGCAUUUGUGGCCUUAUGCUUGUGUGUGUGUGUGUGUGUGUGUGUGUGUGUGUGUGUGUGUGUGUGUGUGUGUGUGAGACUGACAGAAGGACAUGUUGCACUGAAAGUUAACUUACACUAACUUCAGUUUUAAGGACAGUUUUUAGUGCACAGGAACUUAAACAUUUGCCUCCAUCAAAUCAGUGUCAGCAUUUAUUUAUGUUUUUGUAAAUAUCUUAGUGUCCCUGAAAGUGGUGCAAAACAAUCCCUUUGAGGAAGUGUGUGUGCGUGUGCGUACUGUACUGUAUAUACUAGCCUUUAAUAUGACGUGAAUGCAAAUAUUGUCUGGCUUGUACACAUUGUCAUGUGGCCUUUUGUUGUUUUAAGGUUUUCAGCUCUCCUUACCAGGGACCUAAAGGUUUUAGCUGCUGGAUAAUAACACUCAUUCAGAGAAACCUUGCGCCGCAGACUGGCGUGUAACAUGCCUAGUGAGUGUGUUCACAAACUUACUGACACGCGUCUGUCACAGGCACCGCUCAGCUGGCGAUUUGCGUAGUUUACAUCGACAAGUUAGUAUUAAAAUCAAAACAUGAUAACUGAAUAUUUUCAGAAGCUUCCGUAUAGAUGCGGCCUACGUUGCUAAUUAACGUGCUUUUUCAUAUUAGGUGUACAGUGCGUACAGAGCAGUUACAUUUUUCUACAGACUUUGUCUGAUAGCACGUUUAUUUUCUUUCUUCAGGUUCAAAAACAACUAAAAGAUGUUUUUUUUUUCCUUUUUCUAGCUGAAGAAAAACCAUCCAUCGAAUUUAUUGAAGCUGUACAUAUAUAGUUUUGCAUAUUAAACAUAUUUUUAAAGCCAUUUAAUCUUAAUGCUAUUUUUCAUAAAGUUGGUCAUUGUCAGAUGUGCGCAUGGUGCUCGUGAUAGCGUCCCAGCGCGCGGAGGGGCGAACCUUCGGCCGUUCUGUUGGGUGUUCCACGCGCUCUUGUCUGUGUGUUAAUAUUGCCUGUCUGCUGUAUGUCCUACAUAAAUACAGAUUUUCAUCCAAA